UUGGAAAGAUGAUGGUACUAUCGUGCCAAACCCCUCUGCAUUACUUUCUGACUACCUACCUGCUGGGUGUUUCCAUGGGUUGGCAGAUUGAGGUACCCCAGGAACCUGUGCUGGGAUUGGUUGGUGAUUCAGUCCUUCUGCCUGUUUCCUACUUCAUCCCUCAACCUCCAGCCAUACUCCAUAUCACGUGGGUUUACCAUAAGUCCAUCAUUCUCUUUGCAGAAAUGAUUCGCUGUCACAGUGAUCCGUCCAUCUCUUCCUCUCCUCUCAGGCUAUGCCACAAAUAUAGUAUAGCGGUGGAGGAGUACCGGCAGAGAGUAACAUUCUUAGCAGAUACCGCCUCCUUACUUCUCAGCGACUUGCAUGUAAAUGACAGCGGAAUAUACCUGGUGAACUUCGCCGAACUCAACCAAACCAAGAGCCUAACCCUGCUUGUCCAAACACAGUACCAAGUGCCAGGCUCCACGUUAACCCCGGCGCAGGACGCAGUUGUCACGUUAACCCCGGCGCAGGACGCAGCUGUGACUGACUUGGGAAUUGUCUUCUUUGAAUCGCUGGCUGUGAGAGGGAGCUGUCUAUUUAUAUUCCUGGCUGUGCUGUUGGCGUUACAUUGUGAAUGGUGGAGAAAGGUCAGAAAUGGACACCAGAGGCUGUGUCAUGGUAAAACACACAGCUACAUAUAAAAUAUGUCCAUUCCACAAUGCUGUUUACACUCCUCCGUCCCUACUUGUGGUAUCCCACAUUUUAACAAACAUGGAAACUCCACAGCAAUAAAACUCACAGUAAUGUGCAAU